AUGAGUGUGUCAGUCCACUCACAUCUCUCUGCAGCUGCAAGUGAACACCCGAUCAUUGCAGGCUGCUUUGGUAUCCUCACUUGCCUUGCAACAAUCUUCUUAAUUGUCCGACAGGUCUUCACACCCGUUGGAAAGCGCAGAUCACCGCCAGGCAAAAAAUGGAAGCUUCCUCCUGGUCCCCGUGGGAUCCCCAUAUUUGGCAACCUUCUAGACCUUCGAAAGUCUCGAGAAGACCAAGAACAUACAAUGAUUACCGAGCUUGCAAAAUAUGGUGAAAUGACCACACUACACCUUGGAUCAAAAACCUGGAUCUUGCUAAACAGCAAGCGUGUGGUCUCCGAAAUUAUCGCAAAACGUGGUUCUCUCACAAAUGGUCGAAGCCCCAUGCCAAUUGCCAGCGGAAUUGUAAGCCGAAAUGGACGGUCCUUGCUACUCCCUCCCUCACAAUGGACGGAAAAACGACGAGUGAUGCACUCUCUUCUGAGUGGUACCGCCAUGAAGCAGUAUGGUUCAUGGCAGGAACUUGAAAGUACCCAAAUGCUCGCAGAAUAUUUGUUUCAGCCAGAGCGAUGGUACCGUCACCAUUAUCGAUAUGCGAAUUCCGUUGUCCAUCGAAUUGCGCUGGGAGAGCGACUGGUCAAGUCGGGAAAACAGCUGGCUGAUUUGCAAGAUGUGGUCACCAAGUUUGUUGGGAGUAUUGGAACAAGCUUGGUUGAUUGGUUCCCGGAACUAGACAAUUUGCCUCACGUAUUGCAGCCAUGGCGGAGACACUGGGAGGAGCUUGGGGACUGGAAUGAACAGAUCUACAAAUCAUGGUGGAUUCCAGCCCGGGAGAAGAUAGAAAAUGGGACUGCACCUCCAUCAUGGGUUCGGGACGUUCUUUUGAACCCAGAUACGAAAUUUACGGGAAAUGACCAGGAGGCCAUGUAUGUUGCUCUGCAGCUUGUGGAGGCUGGAUCUGAUACGACAAGAGAAGCGCUGAAUAUAUUCGCAAUGGCGGCACUUUGUUAUCCGGACAAAUUCCAAAAGGCCAGAGAGGAGGUGGACAAUCACUGCGGCAGCACAACGAACUUCCGUCUACCUAGCAUCGAUGAUCUGGAGGAAAUGCCUUAUAUAUGUGCCAUGAUCAAAGAGCUCCUACGUUGGAGACCUAUCUUUCCCUUCACGCCCGACCAUGUGCUUACGUCUGACAUGGAGUUUGAGGGUUAUCAUUUCCCGGCCGGUGUGGGAUUCGUGAUCAACGAGAUCCCGGUAUGCAACGAGUGUGAGGACUCAGAAGAGUUCAAGCCUGAACGAUGGCUUGAUGGCCAUGAAACCGAUGCCGCACAUGGACUCUGGCAGUUUGGCGGAGGCCGUCGCAUCUGUGUUGGCUACAGAUUGGCAUUUCGUGGUCUUUUCAUUAAUGUCGCCCGCCUGGUAUUCUGUUACGACUAUAAAGCUGCUGGUCCGUACAACUCGAAGCAUUUGAAUCACCACAGAACCGAUGAACCUUUCCCGGUCAGAAUUACUCCGAGAAGUGAGCAGCAUGUUAACUUAAUACUGGAGGAAGGGGCUCGACUAGAGGUUUUGGAGGAUGCUAAACGUGAAGUUUGA